AUGUCUUCUUCUCCACAUGAAAUUGUCCUCACCAGCUCUCCUGACGGCCCCAUUAUUGCCUAUGAUGCUUCCUCAGGCGCCACCCUAGCACAAUUCACAGGCAGCCGGUCACCACGCCGAGGCCUUGCAAUUGUUGGGAAGAGUUAUAUUGCUGCCUCACACAUAUCACCAACCACUGCUUCUGGUUCAGUCCACCUUUACAAUUGGUGGUCUUCAACUGCCUUCCAUAACCUCCCUGUCCCGGAGCCCAUUGCACCCCUCACGGCCACGUCUGACGGGUUGUAUCUCUUUGCCGGUGGCCUAUCAGGCAGUGUGCAUGGAAUUUCAAUCCCAUCAGGGGAUGUGCUCAAACCAUUGCCUGCACAUAGCAAGCCUGUGUCUUGCCUUGCAAUCAGUGAUGAUGAGUCACUUCUGAUUUCAGGCAGCGAUGAUGGGACCAUUGUUGUUGUCCCCAUCUUUCAGCUUGUAGGAGCCUCAGGAUAUGACAAUGUGGAAGAAUUGAUAUUGCAUAGGUUUGCUGCUCAUUCUGAUUCAGUGACUGCCAUUGUUUCUGGUACGGGAUUAUGCAACUCCCAGAUUAUCUCAUGCUCAUUGGAUUGCACAUGUAAAUUCUGGAGUCUCUUGCGUGGAACGCUCCUGCGUACCAUUGUGUUUCCAUGCACUAUUUCAUGGGUUGCAUUGAACCCAACAGAGCCUGAGUUCUAUGUUGCAGGAUCAGAUGGUUCAGUACACAAGGGAUCACUGAAAGUUGGAACCAGGCAACUUGUGACCCAAGGCAGUGAAUUGAUCGCGUGGACUCCGAAGCACAGUGGGGCAGUUGUAUCUGUGGUGAUGGUGAAUGGGGGAAGGAAUUUGAUAUCAGCUUCGGAAGACGGGAGUGUUUGGGUUUGGGAAGUUGAUGCGGGUCAGGUGAUCAUGGCGCUUGGAAAUGAGAUGGGGAGCAUUAGUGAUCUGGUGGCAGCUACAGGUAUAAAUUGUAGCAAAGCGAAUGGUUUUGGAAUGAGCAAUGGUGCUUACGGAUCUGGAAAUUGCCACUUUCGGUCUUCUGGCAAAGAACUUAUGAAUAUGCCAAUAAAGAAAAUAUUAGAAAUGGAAGAUGUGUUGAAAGUGGCUGCAAAUGAUAGAAACAGAGCCAUUGAUAUGCUUGAAUCUGCUAUUGCAGUGUAUGAGAGGCUCUUGGAACUCAUCCUCAAGGAAGCCAAGAGAGGCCGUCGCAACAACGAACAGUGGUGA